AUGGGGUGGCCUUAUAUUGGUGAAACUCUUCAACUUUAUUCUCAAGACCCUAAUAUUUUCUUCAUUAACAGGCAAAGAAGGUAUGGUGAAAUUUUUAAGACUAAAAUACUAGGUUGUCCUUGUGUCAUGUUGGCAAGUCCAGAAGCUGCUAGAUUUGUACUAGUGAACCAAGCUAAUUUAUUCAAGCCAACUUAUCCCAAAAGCAAAGAGACUUUAAUUGGUCAAUCUGCGCUAUUUUUUCAUCAAGGAAACUACCAUAUACAUAUCAGAAAACUUGUUCAGACAUCUUUAAAUCCAGAAGCCAUUCGUAACCAAAUCCCUCAUAUCGAAGAAUUAGCAAUUUCUGCAUUGAAUUCUUGGGCAGGUGGACAUGUUGUUAACACUUAUCAUGAGAUGAAAAAGUAUUCGUUCGAAGUAGGCAUACUUGCUAUAUUUGGACAUUUGAAUGCUCAUCUUAAAGAUCAAUUGAAAAGGAAUUAUAGCAUAGUUGAUAAGGGUUACAAUUGUUUCCCUACAAAUUUACCAGGAAGUCCUUAUAGAAAGGCUAUUCAAUGGGCUGAAACUGAUGAUCAUGUUUUAUGUGUGAAGGCAAGAAAGAGACUUGGGAAAAUUCUAAGUGAAAUCAUAAGUGAAAGAAAGGAGAAGAAGCUAAUAGAGAAAGGCUUAUUGAGUUGUUUCUUGAAUGCCAAAGAUGAGAAAGGAUUGGUAUUAAAUGAAGAUCAAAUUGCUGAUAAUAUUAUAGGAGUUCUUUUUGCAGCACAAGACACUACAGCAAGUGUUUUGACUUGGAUUUUAAAGUAUCUUCAUGAUAAUCCUAAGCUUCUUCAGAGUGUCAAGGCUGAACAGAAAGCAGUCUGCCAGUCAAAUGAACAAGAAAAUCAUGGGUUGACAUGGACACAAACAAGAAAGAUGCCCAUGACUAACAAGGUUGUUUUGGAGACAUUGAGACUAGCUAGCAUUAUAUCUUUCACAUUUAGAGAAGCUGUGGCUGAUGUAGAAUACAAAGGGUACCUAAUUCCAAAAGGAUGGAAGGUAAUGCCUUUAUUCAGGAAUAUUCAUCACAACCCAGAGUUCUUUCCUGAUCCACAAAAAUUUGAUCCUUCAAGAUUUGAG